CGGCUUCCCUAAAAUGGAGCCACCUCCGUGUUUGCGCUGGUUCCUGGCUCCUGGAGCUCACCUCUGCCUGCCCAGGCUGUGGCUUUCCCUGGGAAUUGCCCAUGGCACCGGGAUGAGCCGAAUGGGUCUCAGAGAAGCCGAAAUACCCCAGUUAGCCAAAACCUCUGCUAAUGGUCUGGCUGAUUUUGAACCAGUGGCAGAGAGAAAUUGCUUUGCAUUCAGUAAAAACCUGGUGAUGCUGGUGGGCGACUCCGGGGUCGGCAAGACCUGCCUGCUGGUGCGGUUCAAAGACGGCGCGUUCCUCGCCGGCAGCUUCAUCUCCACGGUGGGAAUCGACUUCAGGAACAAGGUGCUGACGGUGGAUGGGGUGAAGGUGAAGCUGCAGAUCUGGGACACGGCUGGGCAGGAGCGCUUCCGCAGCGUCACCCACGCCUACUACCGGGAUGCCCACGCUCUGCUCCUGCUCUACGAUGUCACCAACAAAGCGUCCUUUGACAACAUCCAGGCCUGGCUGACAGAGAUCCAUGAAUACGCACAGCAGGACGUGGUCCUCAUGUUACUGGGAAAUAAGGUGGAUUCAGCCCAGGACAGAGUGGUGAAAAGGGAAGAUGGAGAGAAACUUGCCAAGGAGUACGGGGUGCCCUUCAUGGAGACCAGCGCAAAAAGUGGCCUCAACGUGGAAUUAGCAUUCACAGCCAUUGCAAAGGAGCUGAAGCACAGGUCCAUGAAGUUGCCCAACGAGCCCAAAUUCAAGCUCCACGACUACGUGAAGAAGGAAGUGCGAGGCUCGGGCUGCUGCAGGUCCUAACGCUGUUUGUACAGAGACUCUGGCCGUGCCCUCCGUGCUCCCGUGGGCAGUGUGUGCAUGUCUGUCUGUCGUGUCUGUGUCUGCCCCCAAGGUGAGCUGCGCCGUGGGCCAUGGAAGCAGCAGCAGGAGGAGCUCUCUGGGAUGCUGCAGCCGCGUGCUGGGCGCUGCUGCCCGAGCCCCAGCGCAGCCAUGGGCGCUGAGAGCGCUCGUCCCCUGGUGUUCCCU